AUGGAGUCGGCUGUUGGGAUUUUGGCGGGAGAAAAUGCUGGUGUGAUGUGGACCUGGAUGUGGUGGUUGGACGCUCUCAGCUAUCCUUUCGAUUUUCUGUGCUUGUCGUCAGCCGAGUUACCUAGUCCAGGCGUGAUAUGUUGGAUCUUGUUGGCUGCUAUCAUUAUUCGCUUCCUUCAUAUAUUCGGAUCACCAGCUGUGCCGGAGGUGACGCUCUUGGAGAAACCCGAAAAUACUGCGAUGAAACAACUUAUUGGCACAAUUGACAUGCUCAAGGAACCGUACCGUCCACCAGGACUCUGGGGCAGAUCCGGACAUGUGCAAACUGCUGCGUACGGUCUGCUUGGUCACACUUCCUUGCGCAGGACUUUUGACCGUCGAUGCGCUGUGCGUCUGACCGACGGCACAACUGUUACGUUCGACAUCUUUGAAGCGCUGAAUAAGCAUAAGAGCGGCUUCGACCUUACUCUCGCACUCACUCCUGGAAUCGCGAACAGUAGCGAGAGUAAUUACAUCCGCACCUGCGUCCACUACGCUCAGGAAAGAGGAUAUCGAUGCGUUGUGCUGAACCAUCUGGGAGCACUGGCUGACGUAAAACUGACAGGAAAUCGCAUUUUCUCUUACGGUGGCACCGACGAACUGCAUGCGAUGAUGAACCAGGUGUUCGUGGACUAUCCUCGGUCUAACUUCAUAAGCGUUGGCUUCUCCAUGGGUGCCAAUAUCACCACCCGAUUUUUGUUACAAGCGACAGAAGAGCAAAGGUGCCGUAUCUUACUUGGACUGAGCGUUGGCCAAGGUUAUUCGGCAACGAAUUCCGUGCAGCUGUACCAUGAUUGGGAGAACGGACGUCGACUGUACAGCUAUUUCAUCACGGAGAACAUGAAACGUCUCCUGCGCCGUAACUAUGAACAAGUGGUGGCGCCUCAUGUCGCCAGCGGUCUUGUUGAUGAGCAACGCCUCUGGGCAGCCACUUCCAUCGUUGCACUGGACGAGAACUACAAUCGACGCGUGGCCGGGUUCCCGAAUGUGGAGUCGUUCUACGAGUGGUGUUCAUCCCUUCCACUCCUUCCUAAUCUGCGUGUACCAAUGAUCUUCCUGAACGCUGAGGACGAUCCAAUCGUACCGAGGUGCUUGUGGGAGCCAGUCAAGGAGCUAGCAUCUCGGACGGAAGAUAUGGCGUUCAUUUCUACGCGUCACGGAGGUCAUCUAGGAUUUCUGGAGGGUGGCUCAUUCGCGCCACACUCGGUCACUUGGCUAGACCGAUUCAUAGUCGAAAUGGCCGACAGAGCUGUCGAGACGUACGCUUCGUAG